AUGGGUUCCAGACGAUACGAUUCGAGAACAACGAUUUUCUCGCCCGAGGGCAGACUAUAUCAGGUAGAAUACGCCUUGGAGUCAAUAUCGCAUGCCGGUACUGCCAUCGGAGUCAUGGCUAAAGACGGAAUUGCAUUAGCAGCUGAAAGAAAGGUAACGAGUAAACUGCUGGAGCAAAGCACCUCCACAGAAAAGCUCUACAAAUUGAACGACAACAUCACCGUGGCAGUAGCAGGGUUGACAGCUGAUGCUGAAAUCUUGAUCAACACGGCCAGAGUACAUGCACAAAACUACCUAAAAACUUACAACGAGGAAAUCCCGGUGGAGAUCCUGGUGAGGCGUUUGAGCGACGUGAAGCAAGGUUACACUCAGCACGGUGGUCUAAGACCCUUCGGUGCAUCCUUCAUAUACGCAGGGUACGACGAUAGAUACGGCUACCAGCUGUACACGUCCAAUCCAUCGGGAAACUACUCGGGCUGGAAAGCCAUCAGUGUGGGUGCUAACACGUCUGCUGCCCAAACCCUGCUGCAGAUGGACUACAAAGAUGACAUCACCAUGGAGGCGGCAAUGGAGCUGGCCUUGAAGACGCUGUCAAAGACCACUGACUCCAGCACAUUGACUGCAGAGAGAGUAGAAUUUGCUACAAUAACCCGCACGGACGCUGGCAAGAUUGUUCAGAAGAUCUUCAGACCCCAAGAAAUUGAGACACUUCUAAACAAGACCGGCGCUACGAAAAAGGAAGAGGAAGAUUGA